AUGUAUGGUGCUGCAAUUAGGCAUAUCAAGUUCCACUUCCACUAUGACAAAGCUGGCAAUGAGGAGAUUCAUGAGCGAGGGGUGACGACCGGAACACAACAUGAGUUUAUGAUCAAUCAUCCAUAUGAAUAUAUCACAUCUGUGGAAGGAAGCUACACUGUUACACAACCUUACAACUGUAUCGUCCUUACAUCAUUGACUUUCAAAACAUCAAAAGGGAGAACCUCUUCAACGAUUGGACCAGUGACUGGUACCAAGUUCGUGCUUGAGAGCAAAGGUAAUGCUAUUGUUGGAUUCCAUGGACAAGUGGGUUCAUGUGUUGAUAGCAUUGGCGCAUAUUACGCUCAGGUUUUUCCUUCUCAAGAAACAUCGUUGAAGGUGGAACCUAAAGGCGGAAAGGGAGGGGUUCAAUGGGAUGAUGGAUCAGAUUACGAGGGUGUAACAAAUAUACAUGUACGAUGUGGUCUUGAAGGAAUUCAGUUCAUCAAGUUUGAGUAUGUGAAAGCUGGACAAACUAUUGUUGGACCAGUCCAUGGUGCCUCUGGUCGUGGGAUGACACAAACGUUUGGCAUUAACCAUUUGGAGAAUGAAUAUUUGAUAUCUGUUGAGGGUUACUAUGACGAAUCAACAGGUGUGAUUCAGUCGCUUAGAUUCAUCACUAACAAGAAGACUUCUGAUCUCAUGGGGUUCAACGAGGGUACUAAGUUUUCACUAGCAGCCAAUGGCAAGAAAAUCAUUGGGUUUCUUGGUUUUGCUGAGAAGAAUCUUAACUCUCUUGGAGCAUAUUUCAUCAGGAUUCCGUCAACCAAAUCAGUAAUGGAAGGUGGUCAAACUACGGGUAGAAGCUAUGACGAUGGCGGUGACUUCGAUGGUGUAAGAAAAGUAUAUGUUACAUUUGAUGGCACUGCAAUUUGGCAUAUCAAGUUUGACUAUGACAAAGCUGGUCAAGUGGAGACGCGUCAGCGAGGAGGAAGCUACGUUGUUACUCAACCUUAUGGAUGUAUUGUCCUUAGGUCUUUAGCUUUCAAAACUUCAAAGGGGAGAACCGCUCCCACCGUUGGAACGGUGACUGGUACCAAGUUCGUGCAUGAGAGCAAAGGAAAUGUUAUUGUUGGGUUUCAUGGACGAGUAGGUUCUUGUAUUGAUAGUAUUGGGGUGUACUACUCUCCGUUGUCUCCUCUUGCUCCUCCUUCAGAGAAAAUCCAAGGACAUGGUGGUGAUGGAGGAGAUUCUUGGAACGAUGGUGUUUUCCAAAAUGUGAAGAAGAUAUACGUAGGACAAGGAGAUGUUGGUAUUGCCUUUCUCAUGUUUGAAUACGAGAAUGAAACUAGUGAGGGGCUUUUGGGAAAAGAACACGGAAAGAAAAUGUUGCUUGGUUACGAGGAGUUUGAGUUCGAUUAUCCGAGUGAGUACAUUACAUCUAUAGAAGGUUGCUUUGAUAAGAAGGAAGGUCACAAGAUCGUCGGGUUUCACGGAAAAUCAAGUGCCAUGAUUAGUCAGAUUGGGGUCCAUGUCAUUCCCAUCACCGAGUGA